UCAGUGAAGACCAGGGGCGGACUGACAACUCAUGGGGCCCCUGGGCAAUAAGGGAUCAUGGGGCCCCUGUGUCCUUGCCCAAACUCAAAAAAAGCCUAUGAAAAAGGUACCAGGGGCAUCUCAUGGGGCCCCCUACUGACCCUGGGCCCUCGGGCAGUGCCCAAGUUUUCCAAAUGGUCAGUCUGCCCCUGGCAGACACACAUUGGCAGUGUGCAGGAGAGUGAUCAUGGGUGCAAUGCUCUGCAGGCUCCUAAUUUAAAAAACAAUUAUAAAUGCACAUAUUUUUAUUUGCAAAAUUAUGCUAAUUUAUUUUUU